AGUCAAGCAAUAAUUUAAAGUAGGUACGCAUUCCAUAUUUUUCUAUUUAGAAUAAUUUAGAUAUUCAUCGCAAGGUAUUACGUAUAAAAUAUAAAUACGGAUUCGUAUUAUAACACGUUCUAAAGCUAGAUAAGGGAAUGGCUAGAAGCCCCGAUCGUCGACGCUCUAGAUCGAGAGAUAGAGACAGACGUGAUAGGUAUGACGAUCGUGAGGUACAAUACAGAGAUAAAAGGCGCAGGGAUCGUUCCCGUAGUCCAGUGAGAAAAGACAGAGACCGUUCACGAAGUCCGAAAAAAGAUCGGGAAAGAUCUAAAAGUCCGGGACGAAAAGAUCGUGGCCGAUCAAGAAGUCCUAAGAAACGCGAUGGUAAGGAUAAAGAAAAACGUUAUGACGAUAAAGAAAAAAGUAAGUAUAAGAGAGAUACUGAUAAUAAACAAGAAGACGAAGAAGAUUCCAGUUUAAAUAAAAAUGAAGUUAAACAAGCUAAGAAAGAGCCACUGUCACUAGAAGAAUUAUUGGCGAAAAAGAAGGCUGAAGAAGAAGCUCGCAGUAAGCCUGUUUUUUUGACUAAAGAACAAAGAGCAGCCCUAGCUCUCGAGAGACGUCGCGAACAAGUUGAGGCAAUGAAAGCAGAUCGACCAACUAUAACUACUAUUGACUUAACUGGACCAUCAAAGAGAGAAGAGGAGAAAAGGCAUCGAGAGGAAAGGGAAAGAGAGAGAGAAAGAAAAUAUGAAGAACGAAAGUCAAUGUCUGAUAGAAAAGAUGAAAAGAAAGAUAAAGAUGAGGAUAUAAGUAACAAAGAUAAAGAGAGAGAAGAAGAAGCAAUAAAAGCCCGCUAUCUUGGUAUUGUUAAGAAGAAACGUAGGGUAAGGAGGCUCAAUGAUCGGAAGUUUGUAUUUGAUUGGGAUGCGUCUGAAGAUACAUCUAAUGAUUACAAUGCUCUAUACAAAGAAAGGCAUCAAGUCCAAUUUUUUGGCCGAGGACAUAUUGCUGGUAUUGAUAUCAAGUCUCAAAAAAAAGACUAUAGCAAGUUUUAUGGAAACUUAUUAGAAAAAAGAAGAACAGAACUUGAAAAGGAACAAGAAAAAUUAAGGUUAAAGAAAGUUAAACGGAAGGAAGACAAACAGAAGUGGGAUGAUAGACACUGGUCUGAAAAGGAUCAUGAUGAGAUGACUGAAAGAGAUUGGCGUAUCUUCAGAGAAGAUUACAACAUCACAAUUAAAGGUGGCAGAAUUCCAAAUCCAAUAAGGACAUGGAAAGAAGGUGGUUUUCAUUCUGACAUAAUGGAUAUUAUUAAUAAGGUUGGAUAUAAAAGCCCAACACCAAUUCAAAGACAAGCUAUUCCAAUAGGUCUCCAAAACAGAGACAUUAUAGGUGUUGCUGAAACUGGUUCUGGUAAAACAUUGGCUUUCCUUAUUCCAUUGCUUACAUGGAUUCAGUCUUUACCAAAGAGUGAACGAAUGGAAGAUGCUGAUCAAGGACCUUAUGCUAUUAUACUGGCUCCUACAAGAGAAUUGGCUCAGCAGAUUGAAGAAGAAACAAAUAAAUUUGGGAUUCCAUUAGGUAUUACCUCAGUAGUAGUUGUAGGAGGCCUUUCACGAGAAGACCAAGGUUUUAAGUUGAGGUUAGGUUGUGAGAUAGUUAUUGCAACACCUGGACGUCUAAUUGAUGUACUAGAAAACAGGUACCUAGUGCUAAACAGGUGUACAUAUGUUGUUCUUGAUGAGGCUGACCGCAUGAUUGACAUGGGAUUUGAGCCGGAUGUACAAAAAAUUCUUGAAUACAUGCCUGUAUCAAAUAUCAAGCCUGAUUCUGAUGCUGCUGAGGACGCAGCAGUUUUACUUGCAAAUUAUAACACAAAGAAGAAAUACAGACAGACUGUGAUGUUUACAGCUACUAUGCCACCAGCAGUUGAACGUCUAGCAAGGAGUUAUCUACGUAGGCCUGCAAUUGUUUAUAUUGGAUCUGUUGGUAAACCAGUAGAUAGGACUGAACAAAUUGUGUACAUGGUUGGAGAGAAUGAAAAACGCAGAAAGCUUACCGAAAUCCUUCAACGAGGAGUUGAACCUCCUAUAAUUAUAUUUGUCAAUCAAAAGAAGGGAGCAGAUGUUUUGGCAAAGGGUUUAGAAAAACUAAGCUUCAAUGCUUGUACCUUGCAUGGUGGUAAGGGUCAAGAACAAAGAGACUUUGCUUUAGCGAGUUUGAAGAAUGGUUCUAAGGAUAUAUUGGUUGCAACUGAUGUAGCUGGACGUGGUAUUGAUAUCAAGGAUGUCAGUAUGGUCAUAAACUAUGAUAUGGCUAAGUCAAUAGAGGAUUAUACACAUCGUAUUGGUCGUACAGGACGUGCAGGAAAAACUGGCAAAGCAGUCUCUUUUGUUACAAAAGAAGAUUCUGCCAUAUUCUAUGACUUAAAACAAGUGUUACUAGCAAGCUCUGCAUCUACUUGUCCUCCAGAACUAAUGAACCACCCAGAAGCACAACACAAGCCUGGUACUGUAGUAACAAAGAAGCGCAGGGAAGAAAUGAUAUUUGCAUAAUUCCAUUAAAAAAUAUAAUUUUUGAAAUACCACGUUUUUAAUCAUCAUUUAAAACACUUUAGUAUUAAAUAAAUAGCUUAUAAAGAAAAAUGUUCAACUUCAUUGUUUCUUAAUAAAUGUGUCACUGAUGAAUAAA